AUGACUGCCCUCCAAGAAUUGCUGGCCAUCAGAGGAGGUGCCCCUUUAAAAGCUGAUGAAGUCGAAAUCACUGGAUCAGACCCCAUAUACAAAACACCUUUCAAAUUAGGUGGAACCACUGCUGAGGUAUUAGCUGCCUGUGGUGUUGCUGCUAAUGAUUUAUGGGAAUUGAAAACAGGUCGUCGUCAGAAAGUUUCAGUGAAUGUUGAAGCUGCUGCUGGUGGGUUGGAUGAAAAAAACAACAGUUUGGCUAAAAAUCAAGAUGGUGAAUAUUCCAGAAUUGAAGGUUCUGAAUCGAUGAAACAUAUGGCUAGUUUGACUCAACCUUGGGAAACAAGUGAUCAUAAAUGGUUCUUACCUCAUACAAAUUUAAAACAUUUGGAAGCUCGUGUUUUGAAAGUUCUUGAGUGUGAAAGUACUGUUGAGUCUCUACAAAAGGCAAUCUCAAAAAGGACUGCUCAAGAAUUGGAGGAUUCCAUAGCUCAAGCUAACGCAUGUGGAGGAAUUGCUCGUACUGAGGAAGAAUGGUUGCAGCAUCCUCAAGGGAAAUACCUAUCUUCUGUCCCUGUUGUGGAAAUCGCUAAAAUCAUUGAUAGUCCUAAAGAAUCAUUAUCUGAUAAAGGUGAUAUGCCAUUGUCUGGGGUUCGUGUGUUAGAUUUGACUAGAAUUCUUGCUGGACCCGUUUGUGGACUUACUUUAGCUGAACUAGGGGCUGACGUUUUAAUGGUUACAGCUGAGAAACUACCUCAAGUGAAUGAGUUUGUACGUGACACAAGUCAUGGGAAACGUUCGUGUUUUCUUGAUAUAAGUAAAAAGGAAGAUGCUUCCAAGCUCAAGGAAUUGGUUAAAGAUUGUGAUAUCCUCAUUGAUGGUUAUAGACCAGAUAGAUUGGCUGCUUAUGGAUUUGGCCCUGAAGAAUUAGUGAAAUUAAGACCUGGAUUGAUUCAUGUUUCCAUUAGUUGUUUUGGUUCUGGAGGUCCUUUCAGUUCUAGAGCGGGCUGGGAUCAAGUUGCUCAAGCUGUCACAGGAAUGUGUGUUAAACAAGGUGAAUCAAUAGGAUCCAACAAACCUCAAUUGACUCCAGUAUUUGCAUGUGAUUAUGUUUGUGGUCGUCUUGGAGCGUUUGGUGCAAUGCUGGCAUUGAAUCGUAGAGCUCAAGAUGGUGGCUCUUAUUCCAUUCAAGUGUCUUUAUGUCAAGCAGCUAUGUUGUUACAAAGACAAGGUUAUGUUGAUGAUUUCCUAGAUGCUCCAAAUUUGAUUUCAAAGGAAUUGUUUGAGAAGUAUCAAGUAAUUGAAGAUAAUACUGCUUAUGGUGAUUUAAAAGUUUUAGGUCCAGUGCUUAAACUGUCAGAGACUCCUUGUCAAUGGGUUAGAAAAACACCAAAACUAGGACAAGAUAAGCCAGAAUGGUUAUAA